GAGGCGGGGCGAGUGGACGGGCGCCGGGAGAUUCGAUCCGAAGGAAAAUAAUGCGCCCAAUCCCUGUCACAGGUUUAAAUUAUAAUUACAAGACGAUACUGCAAAUAGUUUGUUUUAGCAGCAAUAGGUUUAUGGUAAUGAGGGGAAAUAUCCUCCAGAGUUUUAUCUACAGCGACUAAACCUCCAUUUACUCCAAGGUAAGCGUCCCUCUUCGACCCGCGAAGUUAGCAAAUUGCUAAUCUACCUUGGCUAGUGUCUGCCCUAUAACUAAGAUGGAGGCGAUGGAGGUGGACUCUCCAGGGGUUCAGGGCAGCGCUGGAGCUCAGGCCGAGGCCCAGAACCCAAAUGAGCCCUAUGUGGUGUCAGACUCUGGGAGCAGCACAGAAGUGGAGGAGGAGGAGGAAGAGGAAGGGGACAGUGUGAGGAGACAGGUCCCUCCACGACUCCCCGCCACCUGGGCCUUCAGUCAGAGAGCUGCGGGCCGAACUACGCCACAGAUACGCAGGAGACUAAGACAGGGCCUGAGAGUGCACUACCCCAGUCAAACGGCUGCGCCCUCUAGAGGAUUUCCUGACUUCCUGCUCCGAGCUCCAGCUGCCAAUGCUGCAGACCCAGAGUCCAGCAGUACCACAGAAAUCAGUGACUCAGAUGAGGAGGAUGCCACCAACCAAGCUGCUCCAGCUGCCCUCUCCACUGGCCCUGAGACUGCCCAACCAGACCCCCCUGCUAGCCCCCACGUUAACGGGACAGUUCCACAGCCCGAAGCACAAGAACCAAGCACCAGUUCAGCUCCAACCAUAGAGAGCACCGAUGCUCCAACUCAAAGUGCCCAGGCAGUCCCAGAAGCUCCAGCCUCUGAUCUAUCUGCAUCACCACACAUGGAGGAGGGAGAAGGUGAUACCUGCACUAUUUGCUUUGAGCCUUGGACCACAGCCGGGGAGCACAGACCCUCUGCCCUGCGCUGUGGGCAUCUCUUCGGCUUCACUUGUAUCCAGAGGUGGAUCAAGUCAGCUGGAGUGGCUGCUAAAUGCCCCCAGUGCAACAAAAAGGCAAAGCGGUCUGACAUUGUAAAGUUGUAUGUUACAAAGCUGAGAGCACUCGACAACUCUGAACAAGAGAGUUUAAAAAGAGCGUUGGAACAUGAGCAGUCUCUCAGGAGAAAAGCUGAACUGGAGUCAGCUCAAGACAAACUCAGACUUCAGGUGGUCACCAACCAGUGUGGACAGAUGCAGAAGGAACUACAGGAGUUGAGGUCUUUAAUGUCCCAAACGGGUCGAAGCUCCAUUCCCUCUACCUCCUCCUCUUCCUCGUCGUCGUCCUCUCUGCUCCCUGGUUCAUCACAGAGAACGGAUGGAUCCAGAGUGGGCCAGUAUGGUUUCUCCAAAGCUGUGUUGAUGUCUCAGAAUGGAGGCUGUCGAGUUUUGGCCUACUGCGAACCCCUGAGCUGCCUCCUGGCCUCUCAGCCCUCUCCUCAUGCCACACUGAUCCCAGGUUGUGGGGUGAAGAAGAUGAGUGUUGUGAACAUGAAAGCGAGUCAAUACGUCCCAAUCCACAGCAAACAGAUCAGAGGCCUCUCUUUUAACAGACAGAACGACAGUCUGCUGCUGUCAGCCGCUCUGGACAACACCAUCAAACUCACCAGCCUGCUGACCAACACUGUGGUGCAGACAUAUAACGCGGGUCGACCUGUGUGGAGCUGCUGCUGGUGCCUUGACAACAGUAACUAUGUAUACGCUGGCCUCAUCAACGGCUCUGUGCUGGUCUACGACACUCGAGACACCAGCACCCACAUCCAGGAGCUACAACCUCUGCGCUCCAGGUGUCCCGUUGCUUCUCUUUGUUAUGUGCCCCGGGCAGCCUCCAGCUCAUUCCCUUGUGGUGGACUGAUCGCUGGCUCUCUAGAAGGGGGCUGUUUUUGGGAGCAGGUGAACGAAACCACCUACAGACCCCACAUCCUACCUCUGGAGACCUCUGGCUGCACUGACAUCCAGGUGGAGCCAGCGAGCAGACACUGUUUGGUCACAUACAGGCCAGGCCGCUCUAACCCUUCCCUCCGCUGCGUCCUCAUGGCCCUAAACCGAACGCCACAGCAGGACUCCAGUGAGGCUCCAGCCUGCUCCUGCUCCCCUGUGCAGACCUUCUACGCCGGGACGUCCUGUAAACUUCUCACCAAGAACUCUGUCUUUAGGAGUCCAGAGGGAUCAGGAACUCUGGUCUGUGCUGGAGAUGAGGCCUCCAACUCAACCAUGGUGUGGGAUGCUGGCAGUGGUGUUUUACUCCAGAAGCUCCCAGCCGACCUCCCUGUACUGGACAUUAGCCCUUUCUCUGUGAGUGGAGAACACUUUUUGGCGUCGCUCACAGAGAAGAUGCUCAAGUUGUACAAGUGGGAGUAAAAUGGACACAUUCCCAGACUCCAAAUUGUGGAGAAAAAACAAAUGCUGCUAAAGCUUUUGCCUUGGGUUUACGCAUUUUCAAUUCUUCAACCAGGAGCAGAGCCGCAAGAGCUGUUACAUUAAUUGCCUACAUAUUAAAGGUGCAGUAUGUAACUUUUUUAGUGUAGGGUCUGCCAACUGCUUGUCUUAGUGUGUAUGUUAUUGCUUUGCCUUGAAUAAUCCACCAUGCCAUCAUACUUAUUUAUUUUCAUAGAGACGAGCAGUUAAGUGUAAUGCUCUUUUGUGGAACUUUCCAGACAAAAGCAAUAUCAUCAACAUAGAUACAGGCAAAUGGCAGACCCACCAUCAGAACAGUUGCACAGUGUACCUUUUAAUGUGCAUAUAAAUGUAAAUAAUUCCUGCCUCAUCAAAACUUGCAGGCAACUAGUAGUUUUCCUGCUGAAAUUGUGUGUACUUGGCUAGACCAGCUGAAUGGCUAUUUAUAAUAAAACAGCUCAUGACAAUUAUCAGUCAACAAGAAUAUUUGAGAAUAUUUCAGUUUAAUUACAGUUUUAACAUUUUAUUUUAGCUGAUUAUGGUGUUACAUUUUUCACUUUGGCCUUUUCAUCAUAAAUUAGCUACCUACAAUUCAACAUUUUGAUUUGGCAUUGCUUUUUUCAGGCUUAUACUUGGCCUAAAGAGUAUAUUGGCUGGUUUACAUGUAAAAUUCUGAACCUAUCAAUAUUUGACACAUUUGAAAUUAACUGUACAUUUAGAUACUGCAUUGAUUUUAAUCCAAUUGUUUAUUCAAGGUGUGAUUUAAUGUGUUUGGAUUGCUGACUUUGUACCAACUAUAAUUUAUCCACACAUUCUGGACAUAAACAAAAAAAUAACAUCUUCUCUAAACAAAAUGUUUGUAGUGUUGAAAUUGGAGCUACACAAUAUAUCACAACCAAAUCGAAAUCAUAAUUUGAGUUUGUGAUUUGUGAUUGUGAUGUUCCUGUAGUUUAUAAUGUGCACUCUGAACAAAAUGCCAGUUUCAAACAUAAACCGCAAUACUUAAAAUAAAAAAGUUUCCAAGGAUUGUUAUUAAUUGCAUCAUUAUAUUGUCUGUAGUUUAACAUCAUGUAAUAAUCUUACAAUGAGCUACUGCAGUCCAGCUUUGACUCUGUUAAAAAAAAAUACUGUAUUUUGACUUGGAUAAUUUUGCAAACAAAUGUCACAUGGAAAACUACUUUAACUGAUGUAUUUUAUUUUAUUAAUAGAUUUUAACUGCCACAAAACUAUAUAUAUUUCUGGUAUAUACUUUCAGCUUUGCUCCUGGUUGAAAGCCAAGUGCCAAACGACUGCUGCCGAUGUAACCACUUCCUGGUUUCGGUGGAAGUUGUGUGUAAAUAUAUGUGUUUUAUAUAGACAUGUUUGUGUACAACUUAAAUGUUAAUAAAAGUAUGUGUUAUUUUUA